GCUGCCGGGAAACGAAACUGAACUGUGGCGGAGUGGAGUUGGGAGGAUUCGGUCCGCCUUCCUCUCUCGAGCCCAGGCACGUUUCUGGACGGCUUGAGGCCCUGCUGUUCCCUGCCUCUCCUCUGCUCCGGCCUGAGGCAGAGCCUCUCCCCCCCUUCCCUCUAAAAAUGAAGCGAAGAGCAGAACCUGAGUAUAGCAGCCCCCAGAAGAGGCAAAAGAAAAGGAUAGAAGAAUUGGGUCUGACCCUCAGCUCCACAUCAGAUGAUGAAACACAACUUAGUAAUCAUGCAACUCAAGAGUCUUCCACAACAAGCAGCAGUGAGUCUGACAGUGAAAGCAAUGAGAGGCGCCCUGUGCUUGGCUCCUUCAGCAAUAAGCUCAGAGCAGACUCCCUUGUGGAGGGCACAUCCUCCCGCUACUCCAUGUAUAACAGUGUGUCCCAGAAACUCAUGGCCAAGAUGGGGUUCCGAGAAGGUGAAGGUCUUGGAAAAUAUGGCCAGGGAAGACAAGAGAUUGUCGAGGCCUCACAACAGAAAGGAAGACGAGGUUUGGGACUGACUCUGAAAGGAUUCGAUGGAGAGGUGAACAUCAACUGGCAGGAUGAGCCAGAGGCUAGUGCUUAUGAGCAAGUGGACUGGUUCCCAGAAUGUACCACUGAAAUUCCAGAUGCUGAGGAAAUGAAGGAUUGGCUCACUAUAGGGAAGAGGAAAUUGGUCAUUGAUGAUGAAACAAACUUCUGUGGCGAAGAACUCCUACACAAUAUGCUGCAGUGCAAGAAUGUGUUUGAUGAACUGGAUGGAGAGGAGAUGCGUCGUGCUCGUACACGGUCCAACCCCUAUGAGAUGAUCCGUGGAGUCUUCUUCCUUAACAGAGCUGCAAUGAAGAUGGCAAACCUAGACUAUGUCUUUGACUACUUAUUUACAAACCCAAAGGACUCUCAUGGGAAACCCUUGAUCAAAGAGCGUGAUGCAGAGCUCCUGUACUUUGCUGAUAUAUGUGCUGGCCCUGGUGGCUUCUCAGAGUAUGUCCUCUGGAGGAAGAAGUGGCAUGCAAAAGGUUUUGGGAUGACCUUAAAAGGACCAAAUGAUUUCAAACUGGAGGAUUUCUAUGCUGCCUCCAGCGAGCUCUUUGAGCCUUACUAUGGUAUGUACUUCCAGAAUUUUGUGCUAGAUAAUACAGAUCGCAAGGGUGUGCAUUUCUUGAUGGCUGAUGGGGGUUUCUCUGUAGAGGGACAGGAAAACAUCCAAGAGAUUCUAAGCAAGCAGCUGCUUCUUUGCCAGUUUCUAACAGGACUUUCUGUUAUACGGACAGGAGGGCACUUUGUCUGCAAAACCUUUGACCUGUUCACACCAUUCAGUGUUGGCCUGGUGUACUUGCUGUACUGCUGCUUUGAACGUGUGUCAAUCUUCAAACCUGUGACAAGCCGUCCUGCCAAUUCUGAGAGGUAUGUGGUAUGUCGUGGAUUAAAGUCUGGAACUGAUGAUGUGAGAGACUACCUUUUCAAUGUGAACAUCAAACUCAAUCAGCAACGCAACUCAGACCAGGAUGUUAACCUUGUUGUUCCCCUGGAAGUAAUCAAAGGUGACCAUGAUUUCUUUGAUUACAUGGUUCGUUCAAAUGAAAGACUGUGUGCUGUUCAGAUCAAAGCACUGGCCAAAAUCCGUGCAUUUGUUCAAGAUACGACGUUGAAUGAACCACGGCAGGCUGAUAUCCGAAAAGAAUGCCUCCGACUCUGGGGGAUUCCAGAUCAGGCCCGAGUUGCUCCAUCCUCUUCUGAUCCAAAAUCCAAGUUCUUUGAGCUAAUUCAGGGUGCUAAACUAGAGAUCUUCAGUUACAAAGCGACCCCUCUGAAUUCAGAAACUUUGGAGAAGAUCCGGCCAGUGUUGGAUUACAGAUGUAUGGUAUCAGGAAGUGAGCAGAAGUUUCUUCUAGCACUAGGGAAGUCUCAGAUAUACACUUGGGCUGGUUGCCCAACAGAUCGUUGGACCAAACUGGACUUGAAAACAGAACUGCCACGGGACACCCUUCUGUCUGUGGAGAUAGUUCCUGAGUUGAAAGGAGAGGGGAAAGCACAGCGAAAAAUUAAUGCCAUUCACAUUCUAGAUGCCCUGGUACUAAAUGGCAGUGAUGUCCGAGAACAGCAUUUCAAUCAGCGAAUUCAGCUAGCAGAGAAGUUUGUAAAAGCAGUCUCUAAGCCUAGCCGGCCAGAUAUGAACCCCAUCAGAGUGAAAGAAGUGUACAGGCUAGAGGACAUGGAAAAGAUUUUUCUAAGAUUAGAGAUGAAGAUUCUCAAGAGCUCAGGUGUUAUACCACGGCUGUCCUACACUGGCCGUGAUGACAGGCACUUUGUACCCAAAGGACUGUACAUCAUUCGGACCGUCAGUGAUCCCUGGACUAUGGCAUUCAGCAAAAAUGCUCACAGGAAAUUUUUCUACAACAAGUCAACACAGUGCUCCACCUAUGUGCUGCCUCCAGAAGCUGUUGCACCAUUUCACACUUGUUACUGCAGUCGCCUUUUCUGGGAUUGGAAAGAUGGUAGCAAAGUGCAUGACUCUCAAAAAAAGGAAGACCCAGAGAAGUUAUCCAAAGAAGCUGUCUUAUCCUUCAUCAGACUACAUUCACCCUAUGACCAGUCUCUCACCAGAUCCUGGGGGCCAGGGAAUGAACAUCGGUUGGAAACUUCAGCAGCCGAUUAGAAUGACUUUCUUCUAAGCACUUGCAAUGAGACAUGAAGGAAAACGGUCAAUAUCAGAUUGGGUGGUAGAGGACUCAAUGCAAAACAAAUGGAACAAGACUUCAGACUGCAAAUUAGCACUGUACAUAAAUAUGUGGUCUAGGCAGGUUAUGCUGCAGGUCACAGAGGUAAGGCUCCUGGAGCAGUGAACGUUCUAGAUUGAUCCUCACCAUACCUUUCUAGGGCUUUUUCCACCUGUGCUUUGAACACCUAGUGUCUGGACUCAAUGUAGCAGGUACCACAACAAAGGAUGCACACUGCUCCCCACUAGCACCUCUAGGAGUGGAGGACUAUGUAGCCACAUACAAGUCUGCUCAAGUGGAGGAAUGUGAGGAGAGAAGAAUGGAUCUUUAGUGGCCUCAUUUCUGUCUCUUGCUUCCUCUCUGCAUGAUGAGCUUAGUGUGAGUUCAUUAAGAAGUUCAGACUCUUCUCAUGCCUGCCUUUCUCCUUGGCAUGUGGCUGCAGCCCAGAGAGUUCUUGGGGUCCUGGUGUCUAAGCAGGAAGAUACCAGGGAAAUGGGUAUCUUGAUUGUACUAAUUUAGGUGUACUUAUUGCCAGUGGUAAGCUAUGGUUCUGUUAAAAAAUGGAUGUUAUGCUUCUAUGCGAAGUAAGUCUGUUAUGCUCUUUCCUACUCUCCACAUAGAGAUUUGAAAUCCACAGGCUCUGAUGCUUCCUUUAAAAAGGUGCUAAGUCUUUUCUGUACCUGAAGCAUACCCCAUAGUUUUCCUUUGUUCUGAAAGUUGAAAUUAUUUGGGGUUUAGAGGAUUGGUGCCCUUUAAGAAGUAUAUGGAUUGAUCCACCUCACAGCCAGCCUUCUUGUAGGGAGAUUAUUUUCUCUUGGUCGGUUUAAAUUUUAACUAGGGAUAGGAAAGUUCUGUAUGUCUGAAUCAAAAAUCCUGUUUGGAGGGAAAUCACAGAACUGUGACUAGAAGAUCAUUCAUGUUUUCUCUUAUUACCCUGAAGUGUGUAACCUUGGUUUUUGCAGGCUGUUUUUCAGUACUUAGGUUCCUUGGCACUUUGAGCAAAUGCCAGCUGAAGGAACAAGAUUGUGCUUUCCCCAUGUUGUGAUUGACCUAUUUGAGGAAAACCUGUGCUGUUUUCUAAUGUGAGCCAGCCAUUAAUAUACAGCAAAAGGCUCUGGAAUUGGUGUAGUCUCUGAAAUACUUGCACAUGUUGGCCAGAAGGGACUGUAUUGCCUAUGAGUGGGAGUUGGCUAGGUUGUGCCUUAGAUCAUGUACAAUGCCUCCUGUAACUGAAGGCACCAUCCAAGUAUUAGCCCCUUUCCAAUCCAAGCAGCCAGAACAGGGAAUGGACGAAGACAACGAUUGUGGGGAAUUAUGAAUCUCCAAGUGAGGGACAGCUCCACCUGAAUUGGGCAGCAGAGAGCACCACAAACCUGUAGAAGCCUCCUUAUAAAUAAGAGGUGUUUUGUUUGUGGAAUCUGAGUG